UCCUCCCUCCACGUGGCAGCUGUUGGUUUGGCCCGCGAGACUAUCUGAACUUGGGUCGCCCGGUGUGGAAAGGGGGAGGGCCUGCUCUAGCCCGGCCCCAGAGGGAAGGAGUGGUCUUAGAGGGGCAACGAGAAACGGGGUGUCUUAGGCAGCCUUAACUUCCCCUUCUUCCUCCUGCCUGGUUCUGGGGGUCCCUCCUGGCGCUAGAGGCCAGACGUGGGCCAGCGGUGCUUCAGAGCGCACUCUGCCCCUAGCUGACCUCUAGGGACUUGGAGGAGUGCAUUUUUGGCCCCCCGGAGCCUGGUUCUGCGCGCCCUGGCCUGGGUGGGAGAGCCCGGCAGCGCGCCAGGAAGCUGCAGCGCGCAGACAGGACUUUCCUUGUUUCCGAUAGUGGCCCGGCGGGAGCCCAGCGCCGCGUGCGCCCCUAGCACUGCUAGUGCCCGCGGAGCUAGCUCGGUGGCACCGACUGGAAAGCUCAGGGCUCCACGGGGUCUCCAUGAAGGCCCCUUCGCGGGUUGGCCCGGGGGAUCUCAGGAGCCACCAAGAUGCAGGACCCCUCCCAGGGGCCGCUGGGGGGCCCUUCGCUCAGCGUUGUGUUUCUGGGCAGGCUCACGGCCAGCAUGGCCCCCACGCUGCAGCAGGCGUACCGGAGGCGCUGGUGGAUGGCCUGCACGGCCGCGCUGGAGAACCUCUUCUUCUCCGCUGUGCUUCUGGGCUGGGGCUCCCUGCUGAUCAUGCUCAAGAAGGAGGGCUUCUAUUCCAGCCUGUGCACAGUUGAGAACACCACCAACACCACCCAGGAUGAGCAGCGCCAGUGGCUGAGCUGUGACUGGCAGGACGAGAUGCUCAACGUGGGCUUCACGAUCGGCUCCUUCGUGCUCAGUGCCACCACCUUGCCGCUGGGGGUCUUCAUGGACCGCUUCGGCCCCCGGCCUGUGCGGCUGGUUGGCAGUGCCUGCUUUGCUUCGUCCUGCACCCUCAUGGCCCUGGCAUCUUGGGACACUGAAGUUCUGUCUCCAUUGAUAUUCCUGGCACUGUCUCUGAAUGGCUUUGGUGGAAUCUGCCUAACCUUCUCUUCACUCACUCUGCCCAACAUGUUUGGGAACCUGCGCUCCACGGUCAUGGCCAUCAUGUUCGGCUCCUAUGCCUCUUCUGCCAUCACGUUCCCGGGAAUCAAGCUGAUCUAUGACGCUGGUGUGGCCUUUGUGGUCAUCAUGUUCACCUGGUCCGGCCUGGCCUGCCUUAUCUUUCUGAACUGUGCCCUCAACUGGCCUAUCGAAGCCUUUCCUGCCCCCGAGGAAGUCAAUUACACGAAGAAGAUCAAGCUCAGUGGGCUGGCCCUGGAUCACAAGGUGACAGGUGACCGCUUCUAUACCCACGUGACCAUUGUGGGCCAGCGGCUGAGCCAGAAGGCCCCUAGCCUGGAGGAGGGGGCUGACGUCUUCAUCUCAUCCCAGGAUGUCCGUGGCACCUCGGAAAAACUUCCUGAGAGGUCUGUCCCCUUCCGCAAGAGCCUCUGUGCCCCCAUUUUCCUCUGGAGCCUCCUCACCAUGGGCAUGACCCAGCUGCGGGUCAUCUUCUACAUGGCCGCCAUGAACAAGAUGCUGGAGUACGUUGUGACCAGUGGCCAGGAGCAGGAGACGAAUGAACAGAGAGAAAAGGUGGCAGAGACAGUUGGGUUCUACACCUCCAUCUUUGGGGCCAUGCAGUUGUUGUGCCUUCUCACCUGCCCCCUCAUCGGCUACAUCAUGGACUGGCGGAUCAAGGACUGUGUGGAUGCCCCAGCUGAUGGCACUGCCUUCAGAGAUGCCAGGGAUGGGGCUGCUGCCAAGUCCCUCAGACCGCGCUACUGUAAGAUCCAGAAGCUCACCAAUGCCAUCAAUGCCUUCACGCUGACCAACUUUCUGCUUGUGGGUUUUGGCAUCACCUGCCUCAUCAAUAACUUGCACCUCCAGUUCGUGACGUUUAUCCUGCACACCGUGGUCCGAGGCUUCUUCCACUCUGCCUGUGGGAGCCUCUACGCUGCAGUGUUCCCAUCCAACCACUUCGGGACGCUGACGGGCCUGCAGUCCCUCAUCAGCGCCGUGUUCGCCCUGCUCCAGCAGCCGCUCUUCAUGGCCAUGGUGGGACCCCUGAAAGGAGAGCCCUUCUGGGUGAAUCUGGGCCUCCUGCUGUUCUCGCUCCUUGGAUUCCUGCUACCUUGCUACCUCUUCUACUACCGUUCCCGGCUCCAGAAGGAGUACGUGGCCAACGGGGUGGGCCCACUGAAGAUGCUCAGCGAUCCCGAGUCAACAACAUAGACUUCUGAGGCCGAGAGACCUGGACAACAGGCACCCAAUGCCUGAGCAACCAAAGGGAAUGCCCCAUACGGCUUUUCUACCUGUAACAUUCGCAUAGAGCCAGGGGCCAUGGAUUUAUAAAUACCAAGAGUUCUAUUUUUGUAAGGACUUGCAAAAAGGAAAAAAAAAAAACCUCAAAAAAAAAAUCCCCCAAAGCAAUGCUCCAUUGACUGAAGAUGGUCUCUGUGCUAGAGGGAUUGGGCCUUCUUCUUCCUUGGAUUGGAGGACACCAGAGUGUGGGGUGCCCUUUCUCCAGCCCUUUGUCCUAGGGGCCUGCCUCCUGGUGCCUCAUGGAGCUUGUGGGAUCAGCGAACAGGCUACCCCUCUAGGGUCCCAGCUGCCUAGAGUGUGCAUGCAUGCAUGUGUAUGCCUGUGUGCGUGUGUGUGACACAACUUCCCCCAGAAAGAAAGGGGCCUCAGGUGCUGGCUGUGUCCUGGGUGGGCGCUGAGGGCUAGGCCCCUUCCAGAGGCUGGAGGGCAGGUUCCCUCCCUGGUGCUGCUGCUUGCAGGUCUUAGAGGAAAUAAAAAGGGAAGUGAGAGACUG